AUGUUAUGGGCUUAUCGUACUUCUAAGCGGAACCCUACGGCCACCACCCCCUAUGCGUUAAUGUUCGGCCACGACGCGGUUCUCCCUUUGGAGAUCAAUGUUCAAUCUCUGCGCGUCCAGGAUCAACAGCAUUUGAUUGGUGAAGAUUAUGUCCAGACUAUGUGGCAAGAGCAUGAAGACCUUAGCGAGAAGCGCUUAGAGGCUUUGGACACCUUGGUCAUGGAAAAGCAGCGGAUCGCUCGCGCCUACAAUAAGAGGACGCGUGGUCGCAGUUACAAGGAGGGUGAGCUUGUUUGGAAAGCAGUCCUGCCGUUUGGCGAAAAGUUGACUGGCCGCGGUAAAUGGACUCCUCGUUGGGAAGGACCUUUUGUUAUUCACCGAAUUCUGGAAUGCAGGGUUUUCACCUCAGACGGCGACCUCCACCGCAAUCCCAUUAACGGCAGGUUCCUCAAGAAGUAUUACCCCAGUGUUUGGGAAUUUGAAGACCCACCGGACCCAGCUGUUCCUGAGAUUAGGGGGCAAUCCUAG